AUGGCCCCUCCUACUCCGUCCUCGCAUCGCCCACGCAAGAAGAGAAAGGUCGCGAUCUCACCUGGCUCAAACAAUAGCCUGAUCAUGGAUACCGGAGAUGGACGACAAACGCCUGCAUUUCCCUUGGUCUCGUUCCUCUGGGCCGCGCGAGCCGGCAUCUCACAAUGGCUGAUUCUGCCUCUCACUCUCAUGGCCGUCGGCCUCUUCCGGUGGGCUGUCAGUCUCUGGGGUUACUCGGGGCUCAAUGUCCCACCAAUGCACGGCGAUUUCGAGGCGCAGAGGCACUGGAUGGAAAUCACCACGCAUCUGCCAAUGGCGAACUGGUAUCUCUAUGAUCUGCAAUAUUGGGGCCUCGACUAUCCCCCGUUGACCGCAUACCAUAGCUGGUUGUGUGGUAGAAUUGGCUCCGCGUUUGAUCCUACAUGGUUCGCUUUGGACAAGUCUCGGGGAAUUGAAGGCCCCGACUUGAAGGUCUACAUGCGUGCCACCGUGGUCAUCUCCGAAUACCUAGUCUAUAUCCCGGCCGUCGUCAACUUCCUUCGCCGGUAUACUCGUAUGCAUGGUGUGCAUGCCUGGUCUGCCUCCAUCGCUCUUGUCGCCGUCCUCCUACAGCCGGCCACUAUUCUCAUCGACCAUGGCCACUUCCAAUAUAAUACGGUGAUGCUGGGAUUAGUGGUCGCGAGCUUGGAUGCCAUCUUGGCCGGGCGUAUGCUCUGGGCUUGCAUCUUCUUUGUUGGUGCAUUGGGAUUCAAGCAGAUGGCAUUGUACUAUGCACCUGUCAUGUUCGCCUAUCUUCUGGGCAUUUGCGUUUUCCCGCGGAUCCGCUUCCUCCGACUAAUUAACAUUGCACUCAUCACGCUCGCUGCAUUUGCCUUGUUGUUCGCCCCGCUCCUUUAUGGAGCUACCCACGCGGAGGCUCGGGAGCUAUUUGCAUCGUCGCCCCAGCCUCCGCUGUUGCAAUCGCUUCCGGUUUCUCUCGAUCAGAAUUCGACGGCGUACGCUUUACUUUUCCAAACGACGCAAAUCGUCCACCGCGUGUUCCCAUUCGCCCGCGGCCUGUUUGAGGACAAAGUGGCGAACGCUUGGUGCGCAAUCCACAUAUUCUACAAGCUCAACCGCUUCGAUACUUCCCUGUUACAGCGGGCGUCUCUCGGCGCCACAUUGGCCUCGAUCAUUGUUCCUUGUGCCAUCAUCUUCCGCCACCCCCGGGCUUCUCUCCUACUCCCCGCUCUUUCCUGCGUCUCGUGGGGCUUCUUCCUGUUCUCUUUCCAGGUUCACGAAAAGAGCGUCCUUCUUCCUCUCCUUCCCAUGACCCUGACCUUGGCUGGCGACGGUGGCCUCAGCAAACAGAACCGCGCGUGGGUUGGCUGGGCCAAUAUUCUUGGCUCAUGGACCAUGUACCCACUUCUCAAGCGCGACGAACUGCGAGUUCCCUACGUUGUCAUGACUCUACUCUGGGCCUAUCUGAUGGGUCUUCCUCCGGUUUCAUUGGAGAUUUUUCGGAGCCGGGCUUCACUCGAAGAUACCCAGCUCGAGCCGCAUCUUUUCAGCAAGCUCUUACAUCUGGCCUUCUAUCUGGCCAUGGUUGGCUGGCAUGUCCUGGAAGCGUUUGUGGCUCCGCCUGCCGGCAAACCAGAUCUGUGGGUGGUUCUCAACGCACUUAUCGGUGCCGGUGGAUUUGGGCUUGCGUAUAUUUGGUGCAUGUGGAAUUUGGUCACCCAGUGUCGUAAAAUUGACCGUCAGGCAGCUGAGGAGAUCCGGAGGAAGAAGCAGUAA